AUGGGUACAUGUGUUAAUAUAAUGAUUGAUUCAAAAAAUUGUGGAUCACUUGAUAAUGUAUGUCCAAUAAAUUCAACUUGUUCAGCUGGUAUAUGUAAUAAUGUACCUGGAAUUCAAUUAGAUAAAGCUAAUUCAAUAUGGUCAUCAGCUGUAAAUGGAUCAGCUGAUGAUCAAAUGUAUAAUGUUACUCUUCCAUGGUAUAUAACUCUUUAUAAUACAACAACAAAUCAUGUUAUUGUUACUACUGAUGGUAAUUUAAUUAUUUAA